UUCUGUUUCGGUGGUCCUGCCAGCGAGUUUGCAUCAUGAAGCUGUCCGUGUGUCUACUGCUGGCCGUGGUGGCCGCCGUCUCUGCCGACGAGGGCUUUUACCAGCCCCAGUCCGUGGCCCAGUCGGCCCCCGGUGCCUACAAUAAUUACUACGAGCAGCAGUAUCAGCCUACAAGGCGUCAAGGAUGGUUCGACAGACUUCUUGGAGGAUUUGGAGGAUCUAACCGACGUCAGGGCAUCGCGGGCCUUCUUGCUGGAAUUGGUCCGAUCGGCGCGGUCGUCGGCGUCGUGGUUGCCGUUGUUGUUGUCGUCGCUGUCGCCGCGGCCGCCACUCAGCUCAGCCAGUCCGGCAGAGGUCUGGACAAUGACGAGUGGGAGGUGGACCACUCGGUCUGGAUGAACCAGCUCCAGAGGGACUUUGAAGACUCGUGGUCACAGUAAAAUAAAGCAUCCAGGAGAAAUGAUAGGCCAGCCUCGAAUGCAAGAAACAUUUAACGAGUAAACGGUGCUUCAGGGAACAACGUUUUUGUAGACAAGUUUGCGUAUUUGCUCAGAUGAAACGCUUUUCCACAUUUGUUGGCAUUUCUUACUUUUACAGGCUUAAUGCUAAUAGCGGUUCUGAUUGUUAUCUGUGUCGUUAACGUUGUUAUGCGUUUUCUUGUUGUUGUUGUCGCGAGGCUGUUUUCGUGAUACGAAGGACUUUCGAUUUGCAGUUAACCUUGUCAAGGAAGACUUUGUUACUUGCUCAAAUGUGAAUGCUGAAUAGUUAGAUGUCGCAUGCCAUUUAACCGUUGUGUACUAUUUGCAAUUGUUUCCACAUUUGGUGCAUGUUGUCCUACGUCCAACUGUGGUUCACCAAUGCCAUUUGUUUGUGUAAAAAUAAAUGUCUGUAACAUUA